CAAUUUAGAACUGGGUCUGACGGGAUCAGUUACCAAUCUGAUCGUCCCGUGAAAAGGCAGGACCAAACUCUCACGUUUCUCUCCCUCACUUCCAUCAACUCACUCUCGCUUCCCUUGGCUUCUGCCCCUUCUAAACCCGCUCGGUACAUGUGCAGGUUGGCGUUAAGGUCCCUUGGUUAACUAGAAGCAUUUAGUUAUUCAGUGAACCCCAUUUUUAUUCGUGGGGGCAUAUACUUGUAUUUGUUGGUAUUGAUAAUUCUGCUGCGUAUAAUCUCUAGCAACACUCCAUUAACUAUUGGUCAAGAUUUCUUCAAAAGUUCCUAUUGCACACACCGGAAUGUCUUCCGAGGCUGGAAUGCCUAAGCAUGAAACACAAGGGUUUUCCAGCAGCAUUCCUCCCAAGAUGGAUGUCUACAUUUGGGACAUGGAUGAGACCCUUAUACUGCUCAACUCCUUGCUGAAAUCAUCAUAUGCCGAGGGUUUCAACGGUCUCAAGGAUGUGCAGAAGGGCGUGGAAAUUGGGAAGAUGUGGGAAAAUCUCAUUCUACAAUUGUGUGAUGACUAUUUCUUCUAUGAACAAAUAGAAAAUUUAAAUUACCAUACUCCAUUUCUUGAUGCUCUGGUCCGGUAUGAUGAUGGGAGGGACCUAUCUAAUUAUGAUUUUAACCAUGAUGAGUUAGGUCCUCCGGAUGAUGAUGCCAACAAAAGAAAACUUGCCUAUAGACAUCGAGUCAUAGCACAAAAGUACUUACAGGGUUUGCAUAAUAUUUUAGAUCACGAGGCGAAGAAAUUUUGGGAUGAAUUGUAUGAUAAAACUGAUGAAUAUACUGACAGAUGGCUGUCUUCAGCACGGACCUUUUUGGAGGAGUGUUCAGGCCAAAACAAAGAUUUGGUUUCUUCCAUUGCUUUUUCAAGUGUAGUAUCUAACACAGCCAAUGCAAACCAUCAGCAUGUAAAUGUUUUGGUGACGUCAGGAGGGUUAAUACCCUCUCUUGUCAAAUGCUUGCUCUUUCGUCUCGAUGGUUUAAUACCACAUGGAAAUGUUUAUAGCUCUUGUGUAGUGGGAAAAACUCAAUGUUUCCGAUGGAUCAAGGAGCGUUUCAACCAUCCGAAUGUCCGCUUUUGUGUAAUUGGAGAUGGAUGGGAAGAAUGUCAAGCUGCGGAAAUCAUGAGAUGGCCAUUUAUUAGGAUGGACCUGCGGCCAGACAAACUUCAUAGGUUCCCUGGUCUCUCAUUGACAACAGUUGGCCACUAUUUUGCAGUGGUAUACGGAAGCCCAGAUGAUGAGAAUGAUGCUACCUAGCCUUCUCUGGAAUUUCUCUACAAAAGAUUUCCAGUGUUGCCAAAUGUAUGAAUUGUUGCCUUCAUAUGGCUGUCACAACUUUGGUGGUAAUUAGUCUUUAGAAGAGAUUAGAUUUAACUAUUUCCUCUUGCAAUGCAAUAUCAUAGCUUAAGAUGUAUAGAUGUUUAAGUUGAUGGAAUGUAGAUGAUCCACCACUUAUCAUGUAUGUAACAUGCUUCAAAUUUAUAAUUAGCAGUAGUUGAUUUUA